AUGACUGGGGCUGAGAUUGAGCCGUGCACCCAGGCCAAGUCUGAAAAGAAGGCUGGUGAAGAGGUUCAAGGUGGGGCUGAGAGGGAAACUGAAGUCCCUCUGGUGGUCAGACCCAAGGUUAGAACCCAAGCUGUGGCAAUAACUGGGGCACGGCCCAAAACUGAGACCAAGACAAUGGCUGGGGCACGCCCCAAAACUGAGACUAUGGCAAUAGCUGGGGCACGGCCCAAAACAGAAACUGUGGCAAUGGCUGGGACAAGGCACAAAACUGAGACCGUGGCAGUGGCUGGGGCAAGACCCAAAACUGAAGCCCUGACAAUGUCUGGAGCACGGCCUAAGACUGAGUGUAAGGCAAUAGCUGGAGCAAGGCCCAAGGAUGAAGUCCAGGCAUGGGCCCAGACUGAGUUUGGGGCUGAGGCAACAUCUGAGGCAGAGGAAGUCACCCAGUCAAAUGUGGUGACCUGGCCACUGGUCAGUACUGAGUCUAGACCAGUCACCAAAACUAAGGUGUUAUCUAUCGACAGGGACCUGGUUGAUGUGGAGGAUGAGGUCUUAUCUGGCACAAAUGUACAGGCCAGAAUCCAGCCCUGGUUUGGGUCAGGGGAGGAGAGUAAUAUGGGAUCUUGGUGCUAUCCCAGGCCAAGAGCCAAACAAGAGGCCUCAGAUGAGUCUGGAUUCUGGUCAGCAGAUGAGACUUCUACAGUGUCAUCUUUCUGGACAGGGGAAGAGACCAGUAUCAGAUCGUGGCCCAAGGAUGAGGCCAAUUCUAGGUCUAGGCACAGGGCUAAGCAACAGACCAAUACCCGGUCCAGGCCCAGGAUAAAGCAAGGACCCUGUAUUGAUUCUAGGUCUGGAUCUGAGGAUGAGGCUGGCAAUCUUUACUGCCUCUGGGCUGGAGAAAAUACCAAUACCUUGUCUAGGUCUAGAGCCAGGGAAGAGGCAAAUAUCAGGUCCAAGCUCAGGUCAAAGAGAGAGGACUGUUUUGAAUCUGGAUCUGAAGAAGAAUUUUAUAAGGAGUCCUGGUUUUUGCCUGAAGAGGCCAAUAGUAGAUAUAGGCCACGAGAUAAGAAAGAGUGUAAUACCAGUGCAAAGCCCAGGGCCCAGAAAGAUGCUAAUAAUAGGAAUAGGGUCAAACAAGAACCCAGAUCUGAGGAGGAGGUCAUUAUUGGUUCUUGGUUCUGGGCAGAAAAAGAGGCUGGAGCUGGGGCUGGGGCGUGCUAUGAAUCCAUGCCAGGGGCUGAGGAGGGAGCCAUUUUUAGAUCUUUGUUCUGGAAUGAUGAUGAGGCAAGUGUGGGAGCAGAGGCCAGAGAAGAGACCAGGCCAGAAUCUGAAGAAGAGGGCAUAUUUGGAUCCUGGUUCUGGGACAGAGAUGAGGCCUGUUUUGACCUAAAUCCAAGCCCUGUGUACAAGGCCAGUUGCCGAUUCAGUGGUUUGACUGAGCAGGAAGUUAAUGUACCAUCCAGGCCUCAAAGCUGGGAAGAGGUCACUGUUGAAUUUAAGCCUGUUCCUUGUCAUGGGCUUGGCUUCCCAUCCAUAAGCCCCUUUAGAAUUCCUGAAGAAGGAAUAUCUGAACUUUCUGAAAUGAUUGAGGGAAACCUCAAGCAAAAGGAACUAAGCCCAGAAAUGGAAGAACAAGAACCUAUGUGUCAGCCCAUUCAGAAUGAUCCUGACCCUAGGUUCCCAUUUCAGUAUGAGCCUACCUAUUUGUCAGUCAAGGAAAUUCGACAACAUCUUAAGGCCAAGGAGAGUGCAAAGCCUGAGAGUUGGUUAUGCAAGUGCAUACAGUGUGAGCUUGGGAUUGGUUCUGAAGAUUUUGAAGAUCUCCUUGUAUUAAUGGACAAAAUUCAGGAUCCUCUUAUUCAUGAGAUAACUAAAAUUGCAAUGGGUACAAAAAGUGCUUCUCAAUUUACCCGAGAUUUCAUUCGUGAUUCAGGUGUUGUCUCACUUAUUGAAACUUUGCUCAAUUAUCCCUCCUCUCGAGAUAGGACAAGGUUUUUGGAAAACCUGAUUCAUAUGGCUCCUCCUCAGCAAAAUCAAAACAUGAUUGAAACAUUCAUAUGUCAAGUUUGUGAGGAAACCCUUGCUCGUAACUUGGAUUCCCCUGAGCAGUUGUCUGGCAUAAAGAUGGUUAGAGACCUCACUACUACUACUGACUAUCACACACUGGUUACCAAUUAUAUGACGGGAUUUCUCACCUUAUUAGCUACAGGCAAUAGGAAAACAAGGUUUCACAUUCUGAAAGUGUUACUGAAUUUGUCUGAAAAUCCUAAUGUGGCAAAAAAUGUAUUCAGUAACAAAGCUCUAUCAAUAUUUCUAGGUCUCUUUAACACAAAAGAGACACAUGAUAAUAUUAAAAUUGUCAUUAAAAUGUUUCAGAAUAUCAGUAAUAAUAUAAAAAAGGGAGUGAUGAUGCCCUCAAUUGAUGAUGAUUUCAGUCUUGAACCACUUGUUUCUGCUUUCCAUGAACUUGAGGCAUUAGCUCAGGAAUUACAAGUCCAGAUAAACAAUCAAAAAGGUCGUAAGGGGGGGAAACGAAGUUAG